AGGUAAAAUACCUUCUUUCUCAGAUUUCAGUUUUCUUUAAUAUUCAAACCAUCCUCACCCUUAAUAGUGAUUAUCCCACAUCUUUCAUUGUUCAACCUGUUGUUCACUGAAAACCUAGUUCAUCAUUCUCCUCCACGUCUGGAUUUUACCGGUUUUGUAAAAUCUGGGUCCAAGCUGAUCUGAUCAUAACCCACCACCCCACUUCCCUUUCCUGAUCUGGGUUCCUAAAAUAUAAGAUCUUCGCAUCGAAUUUGUGGUCUUUGAUUGUUUUUAAAUUAUGGGUAUGUGUGAAUUGUAAUUCCCUGCAAGAGGUGUUGGCAAUUGUACGGUAGAAAACAAAGCACUUUGAGUUUGAGUUUGAGUUUGGGUUUGGAAUUUUGUGUCGUGAAGUGGAGCAUGGAUCGGUACUGUGUUUGUGUUCCAUUGUUCGUGUGCUUGGUAUUGGCUAUUGAGCUUGUUGUAGCACAGGAUUUUAAGCCUACAGAUAAUAUCCUGCUGGAUUGUGGAGGUCCUCCAUCCAGUACUGAUACCGAUGACCGUGUAUGGACCACUGAUGUUGGUUCCAAGUUUGGUUCCUCCUCUGAAAAAUCCACCACCGUAUCGCAGGCGGCAACUCAAGACCCUGCCGUCCCCCAGGUGCCCUACAUGACGGCACGUGUGUUCCAUGCGCCGUUUUCCUAUGCUUUCCCGGUGGCUUCCGGUUGGAAGUUCCUCCGGCUGCACUUUUACUCCGCUUCUUACUCCAAUCUCAAUGCAUCUGAUGCCCUUUUUGCGGUGACGGCGAAUUCAUACACGCUUCUUAGGAACUUUAGUGUUGCUCAGACCACCCUCGCUUUGAAUUAUGCCUACAUUUUGAAGGAAUUUGCCAUCCAUGUAGAUGGGAAGACCUUGAAUGUGACUUUCACUCCUUCUACCAAUGCAUCCAAUGCUUACGCGUUUGUUAAUGGGAUCGAGGUUGUAUCCAUGCCUGAUAUUUAUACUUCUACUGAUGGAACUACCAUGAUAGUGGGUACAAAUACUGCUUACACUAUUGAUAACAGCACUGCACUUGAGAAUGUUUAUAGGUUGAAUGUGGGUGGGAAUGAUAUCUCUCCUUCCCGUGAUACUGGCAUGUUUAGGUCAUGGUCUGACGAUGUUCCCUUCCUAUUUGGCGCUGCAUUUGGAGUUACAGAGUCUGCUGAUUCAAAUGUGAAGUUUGAGUAUCCACCGGGCACACCAAGCUAUAUUGCUCCACUUGAUGUCUACACUACGGCCAGAUCAAUGGGCCCGGAUAUGCAGAUCAACACGAAUUACAACUUGAGUUGGAUCUUCAACAUUGAUUCUGGGUUUUCCUAUCUAGUGAGACUUCAUUUUGCUGAGCUAUCAUCAAAUAUAACCAAGAUUAAUCAAAGAGUAUUUGAUAUAUUCCUCAAUAAUCAAACAGUUACCCAGGCUGAUGUUAUUGCCUGGGCAGAGGAUUUUGGCCUUUCACAUUUUAAUGGGGUGCCUGUGCAUAAAGAUUAUGUUGUCUUUAUUCCCGAUGCUGGAGAACCACGGCAGGACCUGUGGCUUGCAUUGCAUCCAAAUACAACCGACAAGCCCAUGUAUUAUGAUGCUAUAUUGAAUGGAGUGGAGAUAUUCAAAAUUAGUGAUACUGCUGGAAAUCUGGCAGGGACAAAUCCUAUUCCUGCCCCUGUGCAAGAUAUAAUUGACCCGUCAAAAGCUAGAGCACAUAAUCAUGGUAAAUCAAAGAAUCAUACAGGUAUAAUUGCAGGAGGUGUUGUUGGAGGUGUUGUUGCAGUACUUGUUAUUGGGCUAUUUGCUUUUUCUGCUUCGCGUCGCCAUAGGCAAGGAAAGGAUUAUGGUGCAAGUGAAGGGCCAUCUGGCUGGCUUCCACUUUCUCUUUAUGGUGGUACCUCACACUCUGCAGCUUCUGCCAAGACCAACACAACAGGAAGUUAUGCUUCCUCUCUCCCAUCAAACCUUUGUCGUCAUUUCUCAUUUGCUGAAAUCAAGUCGGCCACAAACAACUUUGAUGAGGCUUUGCUUCUUGGUGUUGGAGGAUUCGGUAAGGUUUACAAGGGAGAAAUUGAUGGUGGAACAACCAAAGUUGCAAUUAAACGUGGGAAUCCACUAUCUGAGCAGGGGGUGCAUGAGUUCCAAACUGAGAUUGAAAUGCUCUCUAAACUUCGUCACCGCCACCUUGUUUCUCUUAUUGGAUACUGUGAAGAAAACACUGAAAUGAUCCUUGUUUAUGAUCAUAUGGCCUAUGGAACACUCAGGGAGCAUUUGUACAAGACCCAGAAACCUCCACUUCCAUGGAAGCAAAGGCUUGAGAUAUGCAUUGGAGCUGCUCGGGGUUUACACUAUCUACACACUGGAGCUAAACACACAAUCAUCCACCGUGAUGUGAAGACAACAAACAUUUUACUGGACGAGAAAUGGGUGGCCAAGGUUUCUGAUUUUGGAUUGUCAAAAACAGGUCCAACAUUGGAUAAUACCCAUGUAAGUACUGUGGUAAAGGGUAGCUUUGGGUACUUGGAUCCAGAAUACUUCAGGAGGCAGCAACUAACUGACAAAUCUGAUGUUUACUCAUUUGGGGUGGUUCUCUUUGAGAUAUUAUGUGCUCGUCCAGCUUUGAACCCAGCCCUUGCUAAGGAGCAAGUGAGUCUGGCUGAGUGGGCAGCUCAUUGCUACCUUAAAGGCAUUCUUGACCAAAUCAUUGAUCCCUAUCUAAAAGGCAAGAUAGCUCCAGAAUGCUUCAAGAAAUUUGCAGAGACUGCGAUGAAGUGCGUGGCUGACCAGGGUAUUGAAAGGCCAUCCAUGGGUGAUGUCUUGUGGAACCUUGAAUUUGCUUUGCAGCUGCAAGAAAGCGCAGAGGAAAGUGGCAACGGCUUUGGCGACAUUCACAAUGAAGAGGAGCCCACGUAUACAGAUUCUAAAGGAAAGAAAGACUCUGAUGCGAUGGGGGCUUAUGAUGGUAAUGUGACUGACUCCAGAAGCAGUGGCAUUUCAAUGAGCAUUGGAGGUAGAAGCUUGGCUAGUGAAGACUCUGAUGGGUUAACCCCAAGUGCUGUGUUCUCCCAGAUCAUGAAUCCAAAAGGCCGUUAAGUUCGUGUAGUAACAACACUCUCACUGCAUACAGAGCCAAUCACUCAUUCUGCAGUGCAAUCGGCUUUCAUCAAAUUUGAAUGUUACCCGUUAUUCAUUUUCCUAAUAUUUUUAUUCAUUUCUACGGUUGUUUCUAAUUUAUUAUGAUUAUCUAAGUUGUAAUUUGUGACCAUGUUAUGUAAAGAUUGAAGAGCGAGCAUGUUAUAACGAGGUUGCUAUAUCUGAAUUUUUUGAAACCCUCAGUUUCUACCCAAGAUGAAUAAUGUCGUGCUUUUCUUAGUUGGACUGUGCUUUUCUUGGACUACUUUGUUUCUUUGUAAGAUAAAAAGAUUCUACAAACUCAAGAUUAACUACUGGUUUAUAGUAAUAAAUUAUGAUAGUACGAAA